GCUCUCGUUAGUUUUAUUAGAUUGCGUGCUCUUGCGGGGUUCGCGUUGCGAGCGUUAACAAUCAACGGGAGGAAAAGGGUAUUCUUUGUCCGGCUUCCAGAGGGUUGCAUGGACCUGAACGCAAUGCGUUGCAUGUAAUGAAACGUCGCCCGCAGUAGCAGAUCGUUGCCCGAAAGAAGUUGACGGGCGUUUCUUGUCAGUUACUUAGGUGAAACGUACAAGGCUGGCACGGGACCAGCUAUUCGAUUGUGAAGGUUUGACUUGGAUGAGCGGGACAGAAGCAUUUCCCCCCAAGCACAUGGCUUCCUACAAAGCCAAAAAAAGCAAAAAACUAUAGUGCUGCCCAGACGCCUGACUGGACCUGGAUCUUUCCAAUAUCCUGUCUUUUAGAAACCAGAUUCCUCUAAAUACCCUCAUCAGCUAUAUGAAAGAUAGCUCAGUUGCAAGACAGGCCAAAUUGUUCAGACCAGCUACACAGAGAGGAGGAGUGCAAAAUGAACAGUGAAGCACAGUAUACAAGAUGCAGAGGGCAGUCGAAGUGAAGCAAAAGGGCUUGAAAAUGUCUGCGUGUAGUGAUUUUGUGGAACACAUCUGGAAGCCUGGCUCCUGCAAAAACUGCUUCUGCCCCAGACACUUCCACCAGCUGCAGGCCCCACCCCUUGACCUGGGAGGUAGCAGUGGACUCUUGCAGGAUCUGAAUGGAACCAGAGCCAAAGCUGAACAUAUACCUCUGGAGGAGGAUGGUGUAAUUUCCUUGCCUUACUCAAAGCCAACGAUUGCCGUUAAACCAACGAUGAUAAACGCGGAUGUUGCUGAUGUGUGGGCAGAUGAGAACCUGAGUACAGAUAUCCCACAGGUCAAUAAGAGAACGCCAUCCAGAAAACAUGUCUUGAUGAAAGCUGGAGAAGAACAAAGUGUAUGUAUCGACAAUUUCAGCAGCAACAUCAUAAGGAAGCCUGUCAUUCAGAAUACUCUGAGUGAUCACACUUCUCAUUGUCCUCAAGGCCCUUCUUUGCUUGGAUCCCCUGGUCUUGAAAGCAGGGCAGCAAGGAAUAUCUCCUUCAGUAGUAUGGGUGCACAGGAUAAUGAAACCGAGGUGCCCAGCAAGGAGAAGUUAGCCUUGCCGUAUCUGGGCCACAGCCUCAAUUCAUCCUUUUUCAGUGACAGAUAUGUAGGGUCUGCCAUGGACUUCAUGGGACACCCUCCCAUCCACCAAAGAGGGGAACCAUUGCUUUCAGAGGGAGCCGGUAUAUUCACUUCUCUUGACUCAGAAAGUGAAGGUGGAGAGUACUGCUCCAUCACUGACUAUUGCAAAGAGGGCCCUGUUCCCCAAGCCAUUGACAGUACCAAAACCAAAGAGGCAUGGCCUGAAAAUGAAAAGCCUGUUUCAAAGUGUCAAGGGCAGGAUGCUGUGACAAAUGCAAGAAUGAAGUCCACAGCGGCGAGUUUCAGUGAAGAGGAAAGCAGUGUCUUGAAUUCAGAUUCAGACUUUCAAAGGGAGAUGCGUCUGCCACACAAUUGUGAAUAUAACCACUUAUCCACAGAAACAGACAUAUUAGCAUUUCUGCCAGAUACUGUGCUAAAGAGCAGCACCCCCUCUGGGUUGUCCCAGGGAAAUUAUUGCUGUACUCUAGUCAGGAAAUCAGAUCAGACAGGAGGCAAGUACGUAGAAAAUGUAAGCAAUUCUGCAGAGCAACAGCUUUCUUAUGAAGUGGGCCCUCAGAGUGAGCCUAUCUAUGCUGAGAGCACAAAGAGGAAAAAGACGCAGCUAAAUAGUUCCAACACACAUACAAGGAGUGAUGCUUUCACUUAUAGCCCAUGUAAAGAUCAACAUGAUGACCUUUGGAGAGAGAAGACACAUCACUUGAGCUGUGAAAGAGAGUUUCAAGAUUCUGGCACACAGGUAACAGCGACAAUUACCAUAAUGGCAGCCCACACAGAAGAGGACAAUCGGACUAUUUUUCUUAGCAGCCCAGACUCAGCUGUAGGGGUCCAGUGGCCGUGUAUUAGUCCCACUUCUAAUGCAGAAGCUGGGAAAACAUCACCUUUCUUUGAACACAGAGAGCUGCCACAAGCAAGCAGUGAGAUGAGUUCAAGGGAAGGUAGCUCAAGUCUUCAGUCCCAAACAGCUAGCAUGAAUGUGAUUGGUCAGACUCCUGUUAUUCCUUCAAAGUUGUCUAGAGGGAGCCCACCUAGAGGUGAAGCAUCUCUCAUGCAGUCAGUCAGUUCUUUCAUGGCACAAACCUGCGAUAACAAUGGUCAUCAGGAUGGUGAUGUUCCAAAGACUGGUGCAGACGGGAUGAUCUUUGGCCUCUCAUCCUCCAUGUGUCUGCAUAUGAACAGAAUCUCUUCAGAGGUAUCCAACAGAGGUCCAGCAUCCUCAACCUCUGAGAGAAGGCAGAAAUACUACAAUCUCCCAUGGAGCAGGCAGUGCAGGAUAGAGGAAGAAGAAGAAGAGCAGGGAUUCUUGAAAAGUACACCAGAGACGAAAAUGGAGAAUGGGGCAAGCAGUCUCCAAAGUACUUCUAAUUCUCAUCAGGCGGAAAAACACUCUGUCCAAGAAAACAAGACUGCGGGAAUGUGCAAGUCAGCAUCUUUUGCCUUUGAGUUCCCUAAAGACAAGAAUGGAAUCGAGGAUUUUGCACCACCUCCUCCACCUCCAAAGAAACAAUCCAGGCAUUUUCUUAAAAUGAACAGAAGUAAUUCUGAGUUGGAGAAGCUCAGCAGCGAUUCUACAGAAAACCUCAGCCCUGCUUCCCAGGGAAUCCACAUCACUUUCACAGCCGGCUCCACAGACAGUUUGAAUCUGGACUCAAAUACUUUCAGCGAUGGAGGACAGUCAUGCAAAACAAGUCUUCGUUCACCCACCCAUACUGGGAAGCUGAUCUCUCCUUUGGCUCAUUUCUCUGCAUGCCCCAGCAAAGACAGGCCACACUGCAAACCCUUACAGCCACCCCCUCUGCCACAAAAGAAAACGGUCAGCAGAGCUGUUUCCUCUCCCGAUGGUUUUUACUGGGGUUCAGCCUCUCCAGUUAGAGCAGCACUUCCCAAAAGUCCCAAGCUGAACUUCAGUCGGUCAGAAAGUAACGUCUGCAUCCGUCAGGAGUCUUCAUUUGGCUCCUCCUUGGGAAUUAACCACCAAACAUUUUCUUCCUCUGAAUCACUGGAGAAAGACUUCAAAGGAUCCCAUUCCCCGUAUCCCUGUUCUAGCAAGAACUGCAAUACCUGCUGCAGCCAGAACAAAACCCGUUCCUCCUCCCAGCACAGCAUGUCCACCCAGGUUCCCUCAGGUUCCAGUCUUCAGCUCCACAACCUCCUCAGCAACAUUGACAACAAAGAGGGAGUGUAUAUCAAAUUGGGCGGGCUCUAUGCGGAAUCCUUGCGCCGCCUUGUUUCAAAAUGUGAAGACUGUUUUAUGCGCGACCAGAAGAGUGAGCUGCAUUUCAGUGAGAACAACUGGUCUCUCUUCAAACUGACCUGUAACAAGCCUUGUUGCGACUCAGGGGACGCCAUAUAUUACUGUGCAACCUGCUCCAAGGAUCCCUCUAGCACCUUUGCUGUGAAGAUAUGUAAAUCUCAAGACACCAAAGCUGCAACUUCCUGCUGCAGCCCUUCUGUUCCCAUCCACUUCAAUAUCCAGCAGGAUUGUGGGCAUUUUGUUGCCUCUGUGCCCUCCAGCAUGUUAAAAAAUGCUUCUCUGGAUGGCCAGUGUCCCUCCCGUGCGGCUACCGAACAAGAUUGUGUGGUGGUCAUCACCCGGGAAGUGCCGCAUCAGACUGCUGCGGACUUUGUGAGGGGUGCAGAGUCUUUCCAUAAAGCCAAGCCAGAGCUGUAUGAGAGGCGGGUGUGUUUCCUGCUCCUGCAGCUCUGCAAUGGGCUGGAGCACCUCAAGGACUACCAUGUCAUUCACAGAGAUCUUUGCCUAGAGAACUUGCUGCUGGUACACUGCAAACCUCCUCCCAGCUGCAGCAAAACCAAAGAGGACAAGCACCUGCCAAGGCUCAUCAUCAGCAAUUUUUUGAAAGCGAAGCAGAAGCCGGGUGCCACUGAGUCCAAAGUGAAAAAAAACCAGGCUCGCUUGGCCCCGGAGAUUGUCUCGGCCUCCCAGUACAAAAAGUUUGAUGAAUUCCAAACCGGCAUCCUCAUCUACGAGCUUCUGCACCAGCCAAACCCCUUUGAGGUGAAAGCCCACCUCCGAGAACACGAGUACAGCCAGGAUGACCUUCCCCUGCUACCCCACCUUUCAAUUUAUUCUCGGGGGCUCCAGCAGCUGGCUCACUUGUUGCUGGAAGCAGACCCAAUCAAACGCAUCCGCAUCAUAGAGGCCAAGCGGAUACUGCAGUGUCUGCUCUGGGGUCCCAGGAAAGACUUGGCAGAUCAGCCUCUUAACCACGAGGAAGCCCUUCACAGUGCUCUUCACAACUGGAUCGACAUGAAACGGGCAUUGCUCAUGUUGAAGUUUGCAGAGAGGGCUGUGGAUGCAGAGCGCAACAUUGAGCUGGAGGACUGGCUCUGUUGUCAGUAUUUAGCCUCUGCUGAUCCAUCUUCUCUCUCCAAGUCACUGAAACUUCUUCAGCUACUUUGAUCUCCAUAGUGUGCUAAAGUGUGGCAUUAGUUCUAAGGGAAACAGAAUAAAAGUUUUCGUUUUCUUAUGGAGAAUGGAACACGUCUCAAUUUGUGAAAUAAUAAUUGAGUGAAACAGACCAUGUUUCACAUACAAACACGCAAAAAGAUCAAAACCCAUGUACAUUUCUGGAUAAAUAUUGUGAGUGUUGUAAAUUGUAAACAGACAAUGGAACUGAAAUCCACCACCAAGUGUAUUCCUGGGUUAGUCUUGGAGGUAAAUUAAAAAAAACAAGUGUGUGUGUGUGUGAUCUAAUUUGGAGGAUUUUGUUCCUGUAAGAUUUUGUUCUUUUACUUUCAUGGUGAAUAUGAGCUCACUCAGAAGUUUAU